GAGCAAUUUUUGUCCGACAUAAGCUUCUUCUUCUCCAUAUUUUCUUAGCACACAAACUUGAUGGAGAAUGUCGUUAAACAAACUUCCUGCGUGUCGUCGUAUGUCUUUUUUCAUUUUUUAAUUGCAGCUCAAGUGUCUGAAAUGAACUGCACCUUACUGUACUUUUUCUCCUGUUUUUAUUUUUAAAUCAGCAUGCGACAUCCAGCAUCCUCCAUCACCGUGGCAACCAGCCUUCAUAGUCACUAUCCUCAUCCUCUAGGAAGCAUCUGCAUUCCUAUCCUUUAGCAACUUUGCACGUGCGCUCCUUUAAAUUUGCCGCUUCCCGAUGCUGAUUUAGUAUUGCGGGAAGGUUGAUGUGUUGUCAUCAUUGUCGCUGUCAAGAUGCCCGUGAGACGCGGUCACGUCGCCCUCCAGAAUACUUACCUUGACACCAUUAUCAGGAAAUUCGACGAGCAAAAUCGCAAGUUCGUGAUCGCCAACGCGCAAAUGAAGAACUGCGGCAUCAUCUUCUGCAACGAGGCCUUCUGCCAGAUGUUCGGCUUCACGCGGGCCGAGAUCAUGCAGCAGCCGUGCACCUGCCAGUUCCUGGUGGGGCCUGGCACCAUGAAGAGCGCCCUGGCGCAGCUAGCUCAGGCCCUGCUCGGCUCAGAGGAACGCAAGGUGGAGAUCCUUUACUACGCCAAGGAAGGCACGUGCAGGCCCUGCAUGGUGGACAUCGUUCCAGUGAAGAACGAGGAAGGUGUCGUCAUCAUGUUCAUCCUGGACUUCCAGGAACUCGUUGACCCGACGCUCAAGAAGUCUGGACUGAGGCAGCGAGUCAGUCAAGGCUUGCUCUACUGUCAGAAUCGUAGGAUGAAGAUGCGAUUGCCGGUGUUGCGGUCUACGCGGCGACAGUCGCUCUCCAAAGAUCAGUUUGAGGGUGUGGUGGUGGACUACCUGCAGCCCAACAGUGAGGAAGUCCCCCUGAAGGAUUUCCGCAUCCCGCCCAAGGAGAGCUGCAUGCAGUCCGAGACGGAGGCCCUCAUAGAACAAGACCUGGAUUCUCCGUCCCCCUCCGCCAAGCCCUCUGCCAAGCGCCGCUCCCUGCUGACGGACCGCCUUGACCCGGGCCACCCGUUACCCCGGGGGACCUUAUCCCGUAGCGGCUCACGGGAAAGUGUCUGCAGCCUGCGACGCGCCUCCUCUCUGGACGACAUUGACGGGAUGAAAGCAGAGUGGAGCGCUCGGCCAGGAGAAACCUGCACCAACAGAAAUCUGAAGCCGAGCGGUGCCAACUCCACCUCGGACUCGGACCUGAUGAGGCACCGGGCCAUCGGGCGCAUCCCGCAGGUGACGAUCACCUUCGGCUCUGACCGUGUCAGACCGCCGUCGCCUGGCGAGAUCGAGAUCAUCGCGCCCAGCAAAGUCAAAGACAGAACACAGAAUGUCACUGAGAAGGUGACUCAGGUAACACAGGUGCUGUCGCUGGGCGCUGACGUGCUUCCUGAGUACAAGCUGCAGGCGCCGCGCAUCCACCGCUGGACCAUCCUGCACUACAGCCCCUUCAAGGCCAUGUGGGACUGGCUCAUCCUGCUGCUGGUCAUCUACACGGCCAUCUUCACGCCCUACUCGGCCGCCUUCCUUCUCAACGAGGUGGAGGAGGAUCGCCGGCGGACGUGUGGCUACACGUGCAACCCGCUCAACGUGGUGGACCUGGUGGUGGAUGUCAUGUUCAUCGUGGACAUCCUCAUCAACUUCCGGACCACCUAUGUCAACCGCAACGACGAGGUGGUCAGCAACCCGAGCCGCAUCGCCCAGCACUACUUCAAGGGCUGGUUCCUCAUCGACAUCGUGGCCGCCAUACCCUUCGACCUGCUCAUCUUCCGCUCAGGCUCGGAGGAGCCGCAGACGACCACGCUGAUCGGCCUGCUGAAGACGGCGCGUCUGCUGCGUUUGGUGCGCGUGGCCCGCAAGCUGGACCGCUACUCUGAGUACGGCGCCGCCGUGCUCUUCUUGCUCAUGUGCACCUUCGCCCUGAUCGCCCACUGGCUGGCGUGCAUCUGGUACGCCAUCGGCAACGUGGAGCGCACCGGCUCGGCGCGCGUGGGCGUCAUGAAGAUCGGCUGGCUGGACAACCUGGCCGAGCAGAUCGGCAAGCAGUACAACGACAGCGACGCGGCGUCGGGGCCGUCCAUCAAGGACAAGUACGUCACAGCGCUCUACUUCACCUUCAGCAGCCUCACCAGCGUCGGCUUCGGAAACGUGUCGCCCAACACCAACCCCGAGAAGAUCUUCUCCAUCUGCGUCAUGCUCAUCGGAUCUUUGAUGUACGCCAGCAUCUUUGGCAACGUGUCGGCCAUCAUCCAGAGGCUCUACUCAGGCACGGCGCGCUACCACACGCAGAUGCUGCGCGUCAAAGAGUUCAUCCGCUUUCAUCAGAUCCCGGGCGGCCUGCGGCAGCGUCUUGAAGAGUACUUCCAGCACGCCUGGUCCUACACCAACGGCAUCGACAUGAAUGCCGUCUUGAAAGGCUUCCCCGAGUGCCUGCAGGCCGACAUCUGCCUGCACCUGAACCGCACGCUGAUGCAGCAGUGCAAAGCGUUCCGAGGCGCCAACAAAGGCUGCCUGCGCGCCCUAGCCGUCCGUUUCAAGACCACCCAUGCCCCGCCCGGCGACACCCUGGUACACAGUGGCGACAUUCUAUCCGCACUCUAUUUCAUCUCCGGUGGCUCCAUCGAAAUUCUCCGCGAAGACAUGGUGGUGGCCAUAUUGGGAAAAAACGACAUCUUCGGCGAGUCCGUCAGCAUGUACGGCAGGCCCGGCAAGUCCAGCGCCGACGUCCGGGCGCUGACCUACUGUGACCUUCACAAGAUCCAGAGGGAUGACCUGAUGGAGGUUCUGGACAUGUACCCGGACUUUGCCGACACCUUCUGGCACAACCUGGAGGUCACGUUCAACCUGAGAGAUGCAGAUCGAGUAAACCAGCCAACCCCGAGCAAGGACUCUGAAUGUGGCUACCGCCGCACCAGGCACCACAGAAGCUCCCCGCGACGCCGCAACCGACCCGAUGGCACGGACCGGGAGGACACCUACCCCGAGCAGUCUUGUCCGAUGGACGACCAUCACAGAGUCGCAACAUCGCGCUGGGACGAGCAGUGCAGCAGCGAGACUUUUUCAUCUGAGUCCAGCGACGAGGAGAUGAAGCGCGGGAGACGUAGCAGCAAGGGAGAGCUGUUCCCUCUGCCGGGAGGAGACGCCAGAGACUUCCCCCCGCCUGUCAUCAACCUCCUGCCGCACAGCAGACCCUCCCCUGGGAUGGCCAAGCCCGUAGACCUCGCUGGUCCACCGUACUCAGCAGCGGUUCCGGUCAGCAUGUCGGGCCUUUACGGCUACUGGCCGGACCGCCGGGCCAGCCAGUACUCCGAGGCCCAGCGACGCUCGUCGUGCGCGGCCAGGACCGCCGGCUUCCAGCCCGGCCCCUGUCCCGAGGACCGGCCUAGCGAGCUCGGGUCCAGAUUGGAAGUGCUGCAGUCUCAGUUAAACCGGCUGGAGAGCCGAAUGACGGCGGACAUCACCGUCAUCCUGCAGCUCCUGCAGCGUCAGAUGGCGCCGGUGCCGCCCGCCUACAGCGCCGUGUCGCCCGGCCCCCUGCCCCCCGCCGCCGCCGCCGCCCUGUACGGCGCCCCGGCGCCGCCCGCCCUCCGCGCCGUCCCUCCCAUGACGGACAGCGCCGCCUCGCUGCUGCAGAGUCCAGAGUCCGAGUCCAAGUCCAAGGACUCGCUGUCCAGCGGGAUCCACGUGACGGCCGCCUCUGACGACACCAUUUCCCUGACGCCGCCGCAGCCCGAGGCCCCGGGCACGCUGGGCACCGCCCAGCGCUUCCCGUCGCUCCCCGAGCACCUGGAGGUCUCCUCGGAAGCGCCGGAGAUCCAGAGGCACGUCUCGGACCCCGUCCUGCCGGGGAGCCCCGGAAGCUAGAAGCGUGUCCCUCACACAUGUUGGAAUAUGUUCCAAACUUGAAAUGUCCCGCCAUCUUGACCAGGUUCCUUUCCACCUCACUGGUCUUCGAGACUCCACAGCGCCCCCUCUCGCUGCUGUGCAGCACUUUGCCCCUCCCUCCACACACACACACACACACACACACACACGCACACGCACACGCACAGAUCCACGUUCGCACACGAGAAAACAAAAAGAAUGUUUUGAAAAAAUGUUGAUGUUGAAGAAAAGAGCAAAGAGAUGUACUGUACAUAUGCUGGAGGCGCUUUGAAAGGGAAAAGAACACUUGAUACACUUUUACUUUGCAUUAACAUCCAUCAAUCCAUCCACUUUCUGUACCGUUUAUCCUCACUAGGGUCGCGGGCGUUUCCGGAGCCUAUCCCAGCUAUCUUUGGGCGAGAGGCGGGGUCACCCUGAACUGGUCGCCAGCCAAUCGCAGGGCACAUAGAAACAAACAACCAUUCGCACUCACAUUCACACCUACGGGCAAUUUAGAGUUGUCAAUUAACCUACCAUGCAUGUUUUUGGGAUGUGGGAGGAAACCGGCGUACCCGGAGAAAACCCACCCAGGCACGGGGAGAACAUGCAAACUCCAUACAUGCGAGGCCGGAUUUGAGCCUGGGUCCUCAGAACUGUAAGGCAGGUGGCCUAACCAGUCGGCACCGUGCCAUCACGUUCCAUUAACAUGUUUUGCACAUUUUUUUACAAAGGAGUAUUAGCACCACACUCAAAAGAAUAAUACAUAAUUACACUGCAACAAUACAAAUUAAUAUUUUAUUUUUCACAUGAUUUUUUUUUCCCUAUCACAGAUGUUAUUCCUGUAAAAUGGUAAAAUUUUCUCAGAAAAUAUAAGACUUUUUUCUCAGAAAUCAAUUUUAUGUUCUUUUAAAAUGACUUUUUUUCCCCCAAUAAAAUAUUCCUUUUUACUGAAAAUAUGACUUUUUUCUCAGAAAAAAAUGACCUUUCUUGAAAAAAAUAAAAAUUAUUUUCUCUGAAACACCAUACACAACUUGCAUUUUUUCCCCUCAAAAAUACAUAUUUUUGAAAAAAUUGGCCUCUCAAAAAAUCCAAAUCUUUUGCUUGAAAAAUACUAUUUUUUUCUCUGAACUUUACAACUUUUUGACAACUUUUUCACGAAAAAAAAACCCUACUUUUUUUCUCGAAAAUAUAGAACAUUUUUAACUUUUAACUUUUCUUUAAAUAUACUACAUGCUCCUUGUGAUAUUUUUUUUUUCAAAAAUACACAAAACCUUUUGGAAAACAAUGAAUUCUCUCUCAUAAAAUAUAUAUUUUUUAAGAAAAUAUACAAUUUUAAAAGAAAAACUACUUUUUUCACUGAAUAAAUACUAACUUUUUUCCAAAACAUUAUUUUUUCUUUAAAUAAUUACUAACUGCUUCCCUUUAAAAUGUAUAACCCGUUUCUUCUGAAAAAAUAGACUUUUUCUAAAAAAAAAAAAAAAAAAAACAUUUCCUUCAAAAAAAAAAAAUUACCUUGGAAAAUACAAACUAUUUUAAAAAAAAUACUUUUUUAGUCUCUGAAAUUGACAACUUUUGGACAACUUUUUAAAAAAGCAAUAUAAUAAUCAAACUUUUUCCUUGAAGAAAACACAGCAUUCUUUCUAAAAAAUAUAUAUAACUUUUUCUUGAUAAAAUGUCUUCUCCCUUGAAAUGUAGACUUUUUUCAAGAAAAUAUUAAACUUUUUUUCUGAAAAACCAAAUACUUAAAAAAUACUUUUUUCUCUGGAAUAUACAAUGUUUUACUAUAUUUUGUGAAAAAACUACCAACUUUUUCCUCAAAGAUUUACAACUUGGUUCGUAAAGAUUAUAUAGACUCUUUCGUUGAUAAUAUCCAACUUUUUCUUAAAAUUUUAUUUUUUAAAGAGAAAAAGAAAAAAAUGACUUUUUUCGUUUAUAACAUUUUAUCUCUCAAAAAUACCCAACUUUUUUUUCUCAGAAAAUACCAACUUAAAAAAACAGUAAACACAUUUUUUUUUUUAUAUACCAACUUUACCCCCCACCUUUUUUUACCCCUCGCCCAAAAAAGAAAAUAAUUUUUCUCAAAAUAAUAAAACCUUUUCACAUUUUUCUCCAAAGAAUAAGAUUUUUCUUCUCUGAAAUCUAAAACGUUUUUUAACAUCUUUUCCCCUAUUUUUUUUCUUUUUCAGUGCAGCCCUAAUACUCCUUUUAGACCACAAGUGUCUAACUGGUGGCCCGGGGACCAGAUCCGGCCCGCCACGUCAUUUUAUGUGGCCCGCGAGAGUGUGCAUCGACUUUGUGUUUCUCGCUAAAAUACCAAAAUUGCAAAUCGGCUUCACUUUUAAAAAUGUUGAUAUUGCAAGCAUUUUUUUGUUACCAACCCCACUUUCAAAAUAACAUUGAUUCAUACUGUAGUUGAACAAACAGUUUUUUCUGGCUUCUGAUUUCAACAGUAAUUAUCCAUUAAUUUGUGUAUAUGUAAUAAUAUGAGGCAAUCAUAUGGGUUUGCAGCCAGAACGGCCCUCCGAGUGGAACCAUAACUGCGAUCAAAAAUGAGUUUGACACCCCUGUUUUAGACAAAUGUAAUCUUUGUAGAGGAAUGCUGUCCAUGUCACAUGUAGUAAAGAGUUUAAAAAGAGUGAGUGGAUUUGCUGUUGUUGUGCUGCGAGAAAACCAAGUAGUGGUGUCAUGAUUUUCAACUCAUAUUUUCAUUUAGCUUUGCUAUAAAAUCCACAAUUUAAUGUUUAAAUUGGACCAGAGAUCAAUUUUCAUGGGAUUAGAUUUGUUCUUUUUCACCGUGGAUGUAUAUGCUGGAGUGCUAAAACACCGAAUGUUCAAGCAAUUAUUAAGAGUGAAGAGGGUGGAAACUGUCAAACAACAAAUAUAAUCAGUUUCAAUAGGCGCAAGAAAUUGAAUGUAUGAUGACUUUUUCAAUAAAUGCAUUUAUAAUCCUG